AUGUCUGAAGCUGGCCAGGGCAUUACAUCUGAGGGUCUUUUGGCUGUUAUCUGGACACUGGCUAGUGUAUCGACCGUGUUGCUUGCUGGCCGCUUGCUCAUCCGAAGCAUUUUACUGAAGGGUUUCCACUUGGAUGAUAUAUUCGCAGCCGUAUCUUGGCUCUUAAUGAUCCUUGUUGUGAUUAUCGCGACAGUUCAGCUCCCACUGAGUUAUCAAUAUGCUUCGAUUUUGACGGGCGAGUCUCCAGCACCCCCGGAGUCCGAACUCGCAGACAUGGCCAUUAGGCUACGCAAAUGGGAUAUACCCUCUGCGACGUUCUUCUGGACAUCGCUUUUUUGUGUUAAGCUUUCCUUAAUGUUUCUCUAUAAAAUUGUUUUUUGUUCUCACAACAAGUUCAAUCGUGUCUGGUUAUGGAGUUUGAUUUACAUCGUGCUUUGUUAUGGGAUUUGCCUUGCUUGUGUAUAUGUCCAGUGCGGUGGCGCAAAUAAUUUAUUCUCUUACGAGAAAUGUAGAACGCCCUACGUUUCAUCGCUUGUCUCGAGGCUGAUCUGGGUCGAAUAUUUCUUCAAUGUUACCUCUGAUAUUGUUGUGAUUGCGCUUCCGAUGCCUGUUAUUUGGCGCUUGAAUAUGAGGAAGAAGCAGAAGUUUGCUCUAUCUGCCAUUUGUAGCCUGGCAAUGAUUACAAUUGCAUUUGAUACAGCGCGAUGCGUAAAAUUACACCUGUUGGACAGUCACCUCACGAAACUCUACAGCUAUCUCCACCUGCUGGUAUCUGUGCUUAUUAGUCAGUUACCAUCAUACCGCUUCUUAGUUUCUCCUUCAGACAAGGACCGCGAAUACCGCCGCCUAUUUUGGAGUCGUGUUACUGAGGAGUUACCACUCUAG